AGAGACAAAGGAUCUGCCUGUAGGCCGUUGUUACAAUACUAUAUCAGUCAACACAACCUGAUCUCUGAAAAAAAAAAAAGUAGAACGAUAAAGGUUUAAUUACAGUACACUUUCAAUUUACAGAACAUUUAUAUUUGGUCUCUAUCAAUUAUGAUUUUGGGACACUGCAACUUUAAGACUUCAAGCGCUGUUUUGGGGACGUCAUCAAUCUGCGCUGCCUGAAAUCCCUGCUAAAGCUUCAGAAACUUCAACGGAGAGCAGUAUGUGCUAAGGACCACUGAUCCUGGGAGCAUGGUGUGGAAGUGGUGCGAUGGGCACUCCUUGCCGGUGCUUUGUGUGGGUGCUGGCGCUGAUGGACUUUUGGCUUCAGGAGCAGAAGGUGGAGAGCUGACAGUGUGGAGUGACGAAGGGACUCCUAUUGGUCAGCUAAAACUGGAGGGAGGUGAUGAUGUAACCUGUGCCACCUUCUCUCCAUCUUCCCCGAACAAACUGUACGUCUCUCACGGGGAAGCAAUCAGCAUCUUGGACGCCAGGGCUUUGAAGGAACCUGUGGACCGUUUCCGCGUCAGCGAGGAUGAAAUUAACUGCUUGUCUGUGAAUGAAACGGACAGCCUGAUUGCAGCUGCAGAUGACUCUGGGUCAAUAAAGAUCCUGGAUCUUAGCAGCAGGAAGGUCGCCCGUUCACUGCGCAAACACACAAACAUUUGUUCAUCUGUGGCGUUCCGCCCCCAGCGACCUCAAUGUCUGGUAUCAUGUGGGCUGGAUAUGCAGGUGAUGCUCUGGAACCUGCAGAAAGCCCGUCCUCUCUGGGUUCUAAACCUCCAGAAGCUGGGUGAAGAGGAACAGCAGCAGUGUGCGGGCCAGCUUUUCAACCCUCCUCUCGCGCAUGCCAUCACCGUGGCGACAUGUGGCAACAGCUUUGCCUGCGGUUCUGAAGACGGGAGCAUCCAUGUGUUCAAAGUGGCGGGAACAAGGUUUGAGAGACAGGCAGGGUUCAAGGGUCACAGCCAGGGGGUGUCGCAGGUCCACUUUGUCAACUUCCUGUCCCAUCCCCACUGGCUGGUGUCUGGAGGGAAUGAUGGGAAGGUCUUGCUGUGGGACGCCAGUGCAGGAAGUGCAACGGUGAGCAAAGAACAGGCCAAAGGAGGCCACAGGAGAAAGGCAAAGUCUGUAAAAAGCCAGAGUGCCAGUAAGGAAGGUGCUGACCACAACACAGAACUAGAAGUCAUCGCUUUUUCACCAAAGCUGAGCAUUAACCACGAGGAGAAAGUGAACUGGAUUUGUCCGGCACAGCUGAAGGGGGAGGGUUGGAUUAUAGUGGCAGAUCAAAGUAGCUCGUUGUCUGUUUAUCCUAUAACAGGCCUGUAGGAUCGAUACGUUUCUCCCCGUUGCUCCUUCAAUAUGAACCUUGCUGUGCUCCAGGGCCUCAUAUGGUCUACCAAACAACAUUGAUGGAUAAAAACUAAUUUUAAGUAUGUACCAUAAACCUUGUAUUAUCAUGAUAUAAAUUGUAAGCAGGGUAAAACCAUUGGAAAUCAGCACUGUGAGUUUACUAGUGGACUCGAUGUUGUGCAAAACAAGUAUUUUGAUAUUCUGAUAAGUAAUUGAAAUAAUAUAGAAGCCAAAGUGAGUUUGAGUUUAACAGCAGGGCCAUUUUCAGUGUUUUAUUGUGUACUGCAAUCCCAUAACUGAAAUAAACACAAUCGCAUUGCUUUUUAAAAUCUGGAAAGAGUACAGUAUUUUUCUCCUGUUGGUGGAACAUUAACGCUUGUGCCCCUUUCAGUAGUGUAACUGUUCAGAGUUAGAAACUCACGCUCGCCCAAGGCGAAUUAAAUCUGAUGAGGACUAGUUGAUGUCUGUGUCUCGGUAGUCCUCUGGGCAAGUACGUAAAACAAAUGUACACAUAUACUCUCACGUUCAGUCUUGCGUUGUCGGAGGACAACGCAGCUCUGGGCAGCUUACAGGCAAGCCCGCAGGCGCCCAGCCAGACUACAGGGGUCGCUGGUGCGCGGUGAGCUGAGGACACCCUGGCCGACCUAACCCUCCCUCCCCCCGGACGACGCUCAGCCAAUUGAGCGCUGCCCCCUGGGAGCUCCCGUCCACGGUCGGCUGUGGAAUAGCCUGGACUCGAACUGGUGACGUCCAGGCUAUAGAGCGCAUCCUGCACUCUAGCGAGUGCUUUUACUGGAUGCACCACUCGGGAGCCAGGAUGCAAAGUUUAUCGUUUGAAUUUACUGAAACACGUUGCAUCUUUUGAAGUAAGUGUUAAGUCAUUUUACAAAAAUGUGUAGAUUUAUACUGGGUUACGACCCUGACUGAAGAUGUCAUAAGAUGUCACUAACAAGGUAAAACAAUAGGUCAUGUUUAAAUAAACAUUUUAAAACUAAUAAACAAACAAUUACCAUAAUGAACAUUAUCAUAGUAUGUUGCUUAAAACUUAACACAAUAUAUUCAUAAUAAAGUUGAGUUCUAAUCUAUAAAAAGUAACACGUUUAAAGCUUGGGACUCGCUGUCUGUAGCUUGGUGUUGUUUACAUUAUCGUCAGCAUAUUUUAAGUGAUUGGAAGCUGAAAUUAAAACACACUUUUUAAUCACUGAUAA